UAUUACCUUUCUGAAAAGAUGGGAAAUGCAGAAAGCAACACCUAUCAGAAUCACCUUUCCAGAUUUCUUCCUGAGGAGCAGAGUGACAUUGAUCGAAUGUUUGAUACCUUAUCAGGAUCGAGUGGCGCAGCAGGAGCGAAAAAUGGAAAAGCUAUGAAAAAAACUGUGACUCUGGCAGCACUACAGGCCUAUAUGCGGGAACCGUUACCAGAACAAAUGACUGUUCGGUUGUACAACGGGAUGAAAAGUGUUGACCUGACUGGGAAGUCAUCUGGACCAAGUGAACAGAUUGCUAAGGAGCAGUUUGUAAUUUUUAUGUCAAACCUCUUGAAAGGGAAUGCAGAUGAGAAGAUUACCAUAAUAAUGAGAAUGAUCUCCAAGACAGAAGGGCCUGUGAAGGGCAAACAAAUCCAAGAGUUCACAGAGGAUCUGAUCAUGUCUCUAGUCCAUGUACUGAGCUUCAGGAAGGAACUGCAAGGUUGGAAUUUGGAGAAUACUAGAGAUGCUGCAAGUGGAGUGAAGGCUCUGGCUUCUCAGCUGUUAUCAGAAUUGAAGCUCGCAGAUGGGAAGAACCCUGUGGGUCCUCAGCUGAUGGAGACCACUUUUGAUCAAAGUGUCAUUGAGGACUGGGUGUACCGAGUUCCACAGAUCUCAACUUUCCUCAAUGUUGUUAUCAGGCAAGGCUUCCGUGUCUUGUAUUCUCUCCCGGACCAAGCCAAAGACGUAGUCAACUUGGUUCCAGCCUGCAAAGGCAUUAGAGGAAGAGGACUUGUCAGUCUCUUUGACAUCCCAUCCAUCAUAUACAUCAACUCCCAUCUGCCUGCAGAGCUACAGCACAAGUGGCAGCUUUUAUUUUCUUCUAGAGUUCAUGGAGAAAGCUUUUCACAGUUAUGUGGGCAUAUUGUGAACAAAGGUCCCUGCAUAGUAAUCUUAAAGGACUUGGAUGGUUAUAUCUUUGGUGGAUUUGCAUCUCACUCCUGGGAGGUGAAACCGCAGUUUCAAGGUGACAACAGAUGCUUUCUGUUUUCUGUUUUUCCCUCUCUUGCUGUGUACACAUGCACUGGAUACAAUGACCACUACAUGUAUUUGAAUCAUGGGCAACAAACAAUGCCAAAUGGACUUGGUAUGGGUGGACAACAUGAUUACUUUGGACUCUGGAUAGACAGCGACUAUGGGAAAGGACACAGUAAAGCAAAACCUCGAUGCACCACCUAUAACAGUCCCCAGCUGUCAGCUAAAGAGAAUUUUACACUGGAUGCUAUGGAAGUUUGGGCAGUGGGAGACCUCCCAGAAAAUGCAGUGAUAAAAGGUAAGAAGAGUAUCCUGGAUGUAGAUCCUGAGGCUCAGGCGUUAUUAGAAAUGACUGGAAAAAGUCGGCAGAGCGAUGGUUUACGAGAACCCCUUGGAGAUGAUGAUGAUGAUAACUAAAGGAAGCGCAGUAACUUGAAAAACUUUUUUUAAUCAUGAAUGUUAAUGUUCUGUGAACAGGAUAUUUUUCCUCAUAUUUUUCUCACAUUUGCUUAGGUAUCUGGGACUAAGCUUAAGUCUAGGACUUAGGUAAUAUUUAGGCCUGAGAAAAUAUCCUGCCUGAAGGGUUUUGUUUGAGGAGAACAGAAACAUUAAAUAGGUAGGUAGUCGUCAGACAUCUGUAAGUUCUAGCUGAAUAUGAAUUUGCUCACGUUCCUGAUAGAUCCUAUCUGCAUACACAAUUAAAAACAAGGAACAAAUUAUUGACAAAAUUACUUGUUGACCUAGCACAUUGGUAUAUAUUAAUAUAAAGACUGGUCAAGACAUUGAUCAAGCUUCUGUCUGAUACCUCAGCUGAAAGUGUUUAUGUGCAUGCGAUGGAAUUUGUCAGUGAAGCUUGCAAAUUGUUAUUAUGUCUUACUUUUGUACAUAUAGAACAGUCCAAAUGCUAUAAAGGAGGCUAUUAAUUUGCAUUGCUCUAGUUAAAGCUGUAAAUUUCAGAUUUUCUGGCUUCAAUAAGGUGAUACCAUAAGGGCUGUGAGAAGUACAGAAUGCUAAAUGUACAGCAUUGACUUACUUAUAUAAUAAUACACUACACUUCCAUGCAUUUCACUUAAUAUUUUUCUGCAGAAAGCAGCCUAUUGCCUUUUAAACUUAGUAGAACAGAGCUCUUGGAGUCAUUCAGUCAGUUUUAGCCUAAGAACUGGCCAAAUCUGUGAUCCUUGAAGAAACAUACUCCAGCAGAAAUUCCUAGGGAAGAUAACCUUAUUUAGUAGUCUCACCUGAGACUGGAGUAAAAGAUCAGGCUGCAAAAAAGGAAUAGGUAGGAAACACUUGUAGUUAGUUGGGAAUAAUAUCUGCAGAUAGCUUGAAAAAAAUCCAGGGUUGUGUCUUUAUUUAACUUGUUUAAAGAACAUUGCUGUAAACUUUAUUGCCACAGAAUUAAUGAUCACUGUGUUAUGAAAAAAAUGGCUGAAGUCUGAACAUUUACUAGUGGGUUGGGAUUUUUUUGUCCCUUUUCUGUUAUUGACUGUUUACCAGUCAAGGCCAAGUUUUGUAAAGUGUCUUAAACUCAGGACUUUUCCUACUUGAACCCAUUCCCAUCUAUCACUAAUUAUUGGUUUGACAUUUCUAAUUCUCUGUGAUUAACUUGUCAAAAAAACUCCUUGUUUCUGCCAGGGGUUGUCAUUUCUAACUCAGCAAAUUGUGUUUGGACUUGGAGGGGAAAAAAAAAAGAAAACCCCACAGUGUUUAUUCAUGUUACUAGUAUAUAGGACUGUCAGUCUUUCUGCUCCUAAGGAAAAGGAUUGUAUCAAAUCCUCUUUUGUACUAGAGUGAGUUUGUCAUAGAAAAGGUCUGAAUUUCCAUGAAGCUUAGUGCAAAAAAAAAGUACUGAAACAGUGUAUACAGUCAUUGUGAUUCCUGAUCAUGGGGCUCUCAUUCCGAAUGCUAUCCUACAGCGCUUUCUUAUAUGCAUGCCUUUUUUCCCCUCUGAUGCUUUUUUCAUAGGGAGCUGGAUUUGAACGUUUUAAAUAACCUGCAUUUGUGCCUUAAUUUAGACUCCACUCACUUAUUUUACAAUAUGAAUUUACCCUUGAAAGGAGAUCAUGAAGAAAACACUACAGCCACAGAUCCUAGAAACCAACCGUGCAUUUUAUAUAUUAUCCGAUCUAAUAAUUGGGGCAUUUUAGUAAUGUAUUCCAGUACAGAGUAUGCUGUGAAAGGCCCGAGCCAAUCUCCUUGUAUGUUGUGUCUAUUUAGAUAAACCAGAUAGAUAGUUUGCAAAGUUUGUAACAUGUAGGAAAAUGUAAGCAUUAAAACAAUUACUUACACUGAACCUCGUAUGUAAU